UGCUGUUUUCACUGUUGUUGCGGAUUGUUGAUUGUUGAUGUUUAGCUUUUGGCAAUGUGUCAACGAAUUGUUUUCUUUUGAGUGAUUUGGGCAUGUUUCUCGCUGCCGUUCCCCCUUGGUGCGCGAAUACAAGUGUUCAGUGCGACAACUGAUGCUUUUCGCCCGUCCGAAUGAACUUUGUUUGAACUAAAUGGACCUGUGAAAUAAGCAGAAAAUGUUACGGUUUCUCAGUCGACGAAAGGGUCGAAACGCCCAGAAGAAUCCCUCACAAGUUACUUCUGGCUCUUCUCAGCGGUUUAUUCCGAACAAGCACCUUGUACAAUGUAAAGUGGUGCUUCUGGACGGUACAGAUCUAUCCGUGGAUUUGACAAAAAAAGCAGUUGGAAGCGAUCUCUAUGAACAAGUCUUUUAUUCUCUUGAUCUUAUUGAAAAGGACUACUUUGGAUUACAGUACACAGAUGCCAACAAUGUCAAGCAUUGGUUAGAUCCCACCAAAGCAGUCAAAAAACAGGUCAAAAUUGGCCCUCCAUACACAUUAUUCUUAAAAGUGAAGUUUUAUUCAUCUGAGCCAAGCCAAUUGAGAGAGGAACUUACCAGGUAUCAGUUUUUCCUUCAGCUGAAACAAGACAUAUUAGAAGGACGUCUCGAGUGUCCAUUACCAACUGGAAUUGAGCUAUGUGCUCUAGCUCUGCAAUCUGAACUGGGAGAUUAUGAACCUGGGGUCCACACCCCCGCCUUCAUAUCAGAAUUUCGGUUUGUUCCGAACCAAACAGAAGAUUUUGAAAUUGGUGUUCUUGAGGAAUACCAACGAUGCAAAGGCUUAACUCCAGCUCAAGCAGAGAGCAAUUAUUUGAGCAAAGUGAAAUGGUUGGAAAUGUAUGGUGUGGAUAACCAUACUGUUCUUGGGAAAGACAGCUGUGAGUACUCCUUAGGACUUACCCCUACUGGAAUUCUGGUAUUUGAGGGUCCUCAAAAAAUAGGUCUCUUCAUUUGGCCUAAAAUUGGAAAACUUGACUUCAAGAAAAAGAAAUUGACCUUAGUUGUUGUAGAAGAUGAUGACCAGGGACAUGAGCAGGAGCAUACAUUUGUCUUUAGGCUUCACAAUGAAAAGGCUUGUAAACAUUUGUGGAAAUGUGCUGUGGAGCAUCAUGCAUUUUUCCGGCUCCAAGCACCUGUAAAAGGUCCUUCUGCACGGCAGAACUUUUUUCGUAUGGGGUCAAGAUUUCGCUACAGCGGUAAAACUGAGUUCCAAACAACUCAACAGAACCGAGCAAGGCGUACUGUUCAAUUUGAACGUAGACCAAGUCAGCGAUAUGCUCGUCGCCAAUCACAUGUUCUGCGGGAAAGACAAAGGGGUAUUGGUGGCACUUUCAAGAAUUCGGAUGCAACUGCUGGAGCUCCUGCUCCCUCAUCAAUUAGUACUGGUAGCUUUCGCAGCAUUGGGUCAGCGGCGCCCCAACCGUUGGAAACCCAAAUGUCAGGUGUAGGAACCAGUUCAGGUGCUGGUCAUUCUAAUCAUGACGCUUCAUCAUCCAAACAAGUUGAUGUCCCCACUGCAACUUUGGUUAACACAUCUGAUGAUCCUGUAAGUCCUGUGUUGUCUGGAACUCUGAAGCGUCAGAAAGCAUCUUCCCCAGCUGAGGAACGGCUAGAUACCCUUCUCAAAAGCUUAGCUAAAGAAAGUGCGGCUCUUAAUGCGGAUAAUCCCAAUGACUCAAGCUCUAUUAGUGAAGAUAUUGAGCUGGUUGGUGAUCCUGUCCCAACUCUUACACCAUCUACUAUAACUGGUCCUGCAUUAUCAAGUACAACGUUUACUUUGUCACCUUUACCUAAAUAUCGCAACAAUCAACGAACCCCAAGUAGUGCUGGACCUGCACGUCCCAUUCCUCCAGACCAAUUAAAAUGCAAUAUUCUUAAAGCCAAAGCUGAAGAAGGCAAACUAUCCAAUAUAGGAGAUGUUUUGGAGAAGAAUCUGACAAAUGGUGAACUGGGACACAAGUUUUUCAUGGAUUCACCUAUUGACACCAGAAGUGCAACAUUUGUUUCUGUGGGAGGAGACAAGCUGACUCUCGCUCUCUCAGGCUCUAGUGCUGCGCAAGGCUCAAAUGUUGGAGCUGUUUCUGGCAAAGAAAGUGCUUCCAAUUCUGAUGAAGAGGAUCAAGAAGAUGGCCUUACUGAAGAGCGUUCAGACAAAGCAAGAUCCCCUACCCCUGUUACUGUUACUCAUUUCUCCUGGGGAGAUAGAGGAAAACUUGAGCAACGGGUUUUGUCCACUGCCUCUCCAUCCCCACCUCCCCUUACUCUAGUAAAUAACAACGCUUCCCACUCUCAGCGAAAUCGAUCUCCUUCACCUUUGUCUCCUUCACUCUUUUCUGCAAGUGCAGAUCAUGUUGAUAAAAAGGCAACCACCCCAACUGCUGUUUAUAGCACGAAUCCAUUCAAUCCAUUCUCUUCCAAGACGAAUUUUUCUCCUACUUCCCCCAGGGAGACAAAAUUUUCCAAUCCAUUUUCAUCAUCUGAAAAAUCCAAAACAAACCCAUUCCUUUCCCCUAAGAUGGUCCGGACCGAUACUAAGAAUCCGUUCAAAGAUUCGGAGAGUGCGGAGGACCCUCCCCUCCUUGCCCCAGUUGCUUUGGUUUCACCCAUGCCUUCUGAGAAGGUAGCUAGUGCAGAUGCGCCCAAUAAAAAGGAUUCAGCUGUUGUAAAUGAUCAACCAGAUGGAAACUUGGACAUCCCUGCAACAGCUGUUGUUUCUUCAAGCUCAGUUCCUGCAACAGAUUCCGUCCCAACUUCAUCACCAGCCAAUUCUACUGCAAAUGCUGUUCCGAUGUCCAACUCCACACCUCCUACCACCCUCAAUCAACUUUCACCUUGGUUGGUUGCAUCGGACACUCUGUCUGGCCCAAGUGCUGCUCAACAAGCAGCCAAAAUGAUAAAAGAAUCGUCUAUAACAAGAAAAACUGUAAUUACUACUCAGCUUUAGCUGAAUCGAAGUAAGGCCUUUCCUCAGUAUUUGAAAGUUUUGUUGACUUUGUAAAAAGACAAUGUAUGUGUUUUUUGCCCCACCGAACAUAUACUACACAUUGUCCUCUCUCCUUGUUUUACUUCAUAUUAAGAAGCCUUUCCUCUCAAUGUUAGUAGAGUAACUGACUGUUAGGGUUUUGCCAGACCUGCAUGUUAAUGAUUUUAGUUUAAAUGUAUGCAGUUACUAAACCAUUGUGCGGUGAGUGCCACUUAUAAUUUAUAAAUAUUUAUGUGAGGUGUCUAUGUAUAAUUUUUUAUGUUCUAUGAUUUUACCUGAUAUUCUAUUGUUUGUUGAUGACCCAUUUCUUUUUUUUUUUUUUUUUUUUAAUUAAAAUUUUAUAUUCUACAUGGAAUGUGGUUUGAUGGGUUUAUGUCGUCUUUCUUAAUAUGUAUUAAAUGACUUCCUUGAAUACCAGAUUAGGAGCUGCGGUCGCAAUUGAUGAAAAACUCUGAUGUGAUGAGAGAAAAGAGAAACAACCCUGCAUUUUAUUUUGGAUCUUGAUUUAUUCUGCCAACCUCGUAUUUACAUAAAGCAAUUCUUUAAUUGAGAAGUUGACCACUGUGCCAGCUUUUGUAUUGCUGCCAAUGUUAACUUUUGCAUUCUAUAAAAAUCUUGAACAAAUCGAGGUCUGUACUACUUAUAUUUUUAAGUCCUUGUUAAUUGACCAAUUUUAUAAAAAAUUGAUAAACUUUGGGCCAAUGGGCUGGUACUCCCAUGGUCAGUAGUAAAAUGUCUUUAGUACCCUUUUGUUCACUGUGUCUUAUUUUAUUUGGGAUCAAAAAGUACGAUAAUUUGUCUGUGAUUCUUUUAUAGUUUGUGCUCUAGAUCAGGCAGAUUCUAGCUGUUUCUUAAAAAUGAUUGUGUCUGGAGAUGAAGCUCAUUUUACGUAAAACCAUUGCUUUGAAUUUUCCCAUGAAUGAUUAUUUGAAUUGAUUUGGCUAUCAGAAAGAAAAUAUUGUGACUGAAUCUUCUUUCAGUGGAAUCUGUGUUCCUAUCUAUGAUAACUGUAGUUUGUGAUAUAACUUGUAUGUAUGCCCAUGAACUUAUUUGCCUUGCAUUCUCACAAAUGCAAACUUUAAGGAACAGAUUGUUUGUCGGUAUAAUUCACAUGUGUUUUGUGCAUUCAUUUGAAGUAGGAGAUGCACCUUCUUCCAGAGUUUUGCCAAAUUAUUGUAUUAGGCUGUAUCUUUACAAGCCUCAUAAAUCUUCAUGCAUGACAAGUAUUAUCUUAAAUCCAUUUCAUAUGUUUUUGUUCUUCUGUUACUGUGAGGAAAACGGUAUCAUAUAUUCCAGCAUUUGGAGUUUUGUGGAUCAAUAUGAAUAUGAUGACUGAUGACGUACUUUUACUUGAUGUUAGUAACAUAUUGUUGUCCUUAGUCCUUACAGAGACCUUGUAUUAUGCAGCUUUGUGCUAUUAAGUAGUCUAUUUUCUAACAAUUAAUAAGGUUCUUACUGUUUGGUUUAACCGGUGUUUUGUGAUAUUGUUGAUACUGGUUUGAGAGGUAUGGUCCAUACUAUUCCUGUAUGAAUUUUAUCUCCUGUACUCCCCUUUUGGAGGUUUUCUUCACAUGUCAAAUAAUCCUUUGUUGGUACAGUUGUACCUUGUAAAUGUGCAGUUUAUACUUUUCUUUAACUGUGUGUGCCAUUAUAAAGGGCUUUGUUUUUUGACUUUGUCUUCACAAACAAUUUUCAUUCCAAGCAAUGUAUUGAAUGUCUCUACAUUGUUGUCUUAGUCUAAGACCCUUUCGUACUUAAGUUAAUGCAUUGAAAUUGACCAUUACUGCUUAGAAUGUAACAUACUGUCUGAAUACUUUACUGUAGCAAAUGGUCAUUUUACAACUAGUUGCCUGACAGGCUUUGCCAUCUUUGUAACAUUACCACUACCAGUCCGUACUUAGUUUUGUUGGGUGACUAGCUGAUACCUUGAGUUUAGGUUCUUUCUUCAAUUUUGUGAUUAAACUGUGACUGCUCCGUCCCUUUUCCAAAGUGCCUGUAACAUCCGUCCUUCCAAAAUUAAAUCCUUACAUUUAUAUUAAAGUAUAAAUAAAUAUAUUCACAUAUGUAUGUA